UUGGGUCCACAAGAUGGUGGCGCGCAAGAGGAAAGCUGGAGCUUGCGGCCAUGAGGGGAGCACACCCAGCCCACCGAGUUAUUCAGCUAUUCCUGUCAAGUUCACCAAACAGCAGCAGGCUUCCCAUUACCUGCAUGUGAGAUAGCACAGAGUUCGAGGAGACACUCAGUCUACGUGGCAACCCAAUAAGACCCUUUUUGUCCUCACUGUGCCCCCGUACUGCACAGAGGAGUGCCUGUCCAGACUCCUGUCCUCCUGCGGCACCAUCAAGACAGUCGACUUGAAAGAGAAGCCUGACCAUUUUGAGAGCGCUAAAGAGGCAAAGCCAGAGUUUUUUCACCCGAGGCUCAUUCCGGGCUUUCAGGUAGCUUAUGCGGUAUUCCAGAAGCCAAGGGGAGUGUCAGCUGCCUUGAAUCUGAAGGGCCCAUUGCUGGUUUCUAUGGAGAACCACUCUGUGAGAAGCGGGAUUCAUAAGUGGAUCAGUGAGUAUAAAGAGUGAUUAGACCCAGAGGCCCUGAGGGUCAAAGUAGACACAUUCAUGGCUUACGACAAGAAGAUAGCUGAGGUGGAGACAAAGGACAAGGAGGAGGAAGGUGUUCCUGAUGAGGAGGGCUGGGUGAUGGUGACCCGCAGGGGCCACAGGCCUGUGCUCCCUCAAACAGAAGCAGCCAGCCUGCGUAAAACAGAAGCAGCCAGCCUGCGUGUUCUCAAGAGGGAGAAAAGGAAACGUGCACGCAAGGAGCUGCUCAACUUCUAUGCCUGGCAGCACCGAGAGACCAAGAUGGAGCAUCUAGCACAGCUGCGCAAGAAGUUUGAGGAGGACAAGUAGAGGAUUGAACUGAUGCGUGCCCAACCCAAAUUCCGACCCAACUAA